CGAAGGAGCCGCCGGCCCGCGCCCUCCGUCCUUUCCCGGCGCCUGCUCCGCGCGGGGAGCGGCCGCGCCGCGGGGAGCCGCCUUCGCUGACGCCGGGCACCUGGACGCUCGCGAGCGAGAUGCCCAACCCCAAAAACAGCAAAGGCGGCCGCAAAAACAAGCGCGCCAACAGCAGCGGGGACGAGCAGGAAAAUGGAGCCGGGGCCCUGGCAGCGGCGGGCGCGGCGGCCGGGGGGGCCCUGGCGGCGGCGGCCGGCUGCGGGGCGGUGGCGGCGGGCGCGCCGGGCACCGGGGGCGCGGCGGGCGCAGGAGGCGCGGGCACUGGCGCCGCGAACGCCGCGGCCGCCGCGGGGGCUGCAGCCGCAGGCGACGCCAAGAACGAAGCCCCCUGUGCCACGCCUCUGAUCUGCAGCUUCGGGAGGCCGGUGGACCUGGAGAAGGACGACUACCAGAAGGUGGUGUGCAACAACGAGCACUGCCCCUGCAGCACCUGGAUGCACCUGCAGUGCUUCUACGAGUGGGAGAGCAGCAUCCUCGUGCAGUUCAACUGCAUCGGCCGGGCGCGCAGCUGGAAUGAGAAGCAGUGCCGCCAGAACAUGUGGACAAAGAAGGGCUACGACCUGGCCUUCCGCUUCUGCUCCUGCCGCUGUGGCCAGGGCCACUUAAAGAAGGACACGGACUGGUACCAGGUGAAGCGGAUGCAGGAUGAGAAAAAGAAGAAGUCUGGCUCGGAGAAGAACACAGGGAGGCCUCCUGGCGAGGCUGCAGAGGAGGCAAAAAAGUGCAGGCCCCCGAAUAAGCCCCAGAAAGGCCCGAGCCACGACCUGCCCCGGCGGCACUCCAUGGACCGGCAGAACUCCCAGGAGAAGGCCGGUGGCGCUGGGGCCUACGGUGCCCGCUCCCCGUGUGGCUCCCCGGGCCAGUCCCCGCCCACCGGCUACUCCAUCCUCUCCCCCGCCCACUUCAGUGGGCCCCGCUCCUCGAGGUACCUCGGGGAGUUCUUAAAGAACGCCAUCCAUCUGGAGCCUCACAAGAAGGCCCUGGCCGGGAGCCACGUGUUCAGAAACGCCCACUUUGACUACAGCCCCGCCGGGCUGUCUGUUCACAGGGGGGGACACUUUGACGCCCCCGUGCAGUUCCUGCGCCGGCUGGACCUCUCCGAGCUCCUCGCUCACAUCCCCAGGCAUAAGUUGAACACUUUCCACGUGCGGAUGGAAGACGAUGCCCAAGUGGGCCAGGGGGAGGAUCUGCGGAAGUUCAUUCUCGCAGCCCUCAGCGCCAGCCACAGAAACGUCGUGAACUGUGCGCUGUGCCACCGGGCGCUGCCAGUGUUCGAACAGUUCCCACUGGUGGACGGAACUCUGUUCUUAAGCCCGUCGAGACACGAUGAGAUCGAGUAUGAUGUUCCUUGUCAUCUUCAAGGGAGACUCAUGCACCUGUAUGCGGUGUGUGUGGACUGCCUGGAAGGGGUUCACAAGAUCAUCUGCAUCAAGUGUAAGUCGCGAUGGGACGGUAGCUGGCACCAGCUGGGCACCAUGUACACCUAUGACAUCCUGGCCGCCUCUCCGUGCUGUCAGGCCCGCCUGAACUGUAAGCACUGUGGGAAGCCCGUGAUCGACGUGCGGAUCGGGAUGCAGUACUUCUCCGAGUACAGCAACGUCCAGCAGUGUCCACACUGCGGGAACCUGGACUACCAUUUCGUGAAGCCAUUUUCCUCCUUCAAAGUUCUCGAAGCUUAUUGAUGAAAGCUUUGCUUUAGUAAUAGCUAUUUUAUUGAUAUUAUUACUUUAUUACAUAUCUUUUAUAGGGAAACAUUCUGUGACAUUAAUUUCUUUUCUAAUUUAAAGGAGAGUUACUUUGUGUAUGUGCGCCACCAAAAACAGGGGCUGCCCCUUGCCCUGUGUCGAUUCCUGAGUGUUAGUCUGUGGUUAUGACCAGACCCCAGGUGGGUAAUCCCGUGAGUUUGGGUAGGGGUUCACUCUCGCUCGGAGUCUCUGAUGCAGCUUUAAGGUGAUGGGGGAAGAUGGCAUGAGUUGAAGAAAGGGAUUAUGUGGCUGUAGACUAAAAGCACGAUAGGAGUUGGAAGAAAACUCUUACUAAAAUCUUAACUUUCUAAAGACCCACUUUUAGAUCUUCUCUGGGUCUUGGCAAAAAUAUGUGACAAAUGAAUGUAAGUCUAUGCCUGGAGAGCAAAUAGUGUAUUGGUCCAUCUUGGGUUAGUGUCCUGCAGCACAUGCUGACAUGCAGUUUACUCACACCUGCAGAUGGUUUGAAAUUGGCACAAGUGCUGUUUCCAUCACUGUGGUAAUUUAAGUCAAUUUUUCAUGCUGAAAAUGACACCCAAAUUGUAAGACAUAGUAAAGAUAUGGGUAUUGCAAAUGUUCUUAGGUAAGUUGACCUAUAACAGAGAAUAUAUGAAAUGAAUUUGGAAAUAAUCCAUACUGAUUUCAGGGCACAAAGGCAGAGUUCUCUCACUUGAAUUGUGUCUUUGAAGUUCGUCAAAAUUGAUCUUAAAGAGAAUCCAAGAAUAACAUGAUUUGGGCAGUGAUGAUUUAUACAGGUUGCACUUUCAGAGUGCUAUUUGGUGUCAGAUUCUUCUCACAGGUAAAUCUCACAGCCACAGAAUCUAAAGGGUGAGUUUCAGAACCAAAAAUUGCCAUAUUUAUUGUCCCCAAGAUUUCUUAUGGUCACAUUUAACCCAUUUGAUACUGAGUUUGCAAAAUCAAAGAUUUGACCUUAGGAGGGAAAGGACAAAAUAUUGUUUGAGAGGAUGAUGAAGAAAAGAAUAAUUUUAAUAUUUCUUUAAAAAGUGUGUUUUACUUUGGAAAAUCACUGAUUGUAAUAUAUAACAGUAUGUUUGAAAAUAGAUCAUUCUAAAGAUCUCAUGAUACCUUACUGUUGGUGAAAAAAGAUGAUCAUAUAUAGGACUUGAUUAGUCAGAGCAUUGGGCAUUCCAAAAUACAACCUUCUGUUCAUUAGAUCUUAAUGAUUUACAUAGACUGACAUCCUGUACCCUUACAGAACUGGAAUAUGAUUUCUCAAAAAUGAAUUUGGUAAUUUCAUGUAUGAUAUGCAUAUAUGCUAAAAGAAUGCUGGGAACAUAAUAAUUUUAUGGGUAGCCAAAUUUGGGAUUGAUGUGAACAUUUUAUAUUACUCAUUUGGUUUAUACCAUUUUUUUUCUCAGUGGGGUUUUUCAUUUCAGAAGUGUUUAGGCAUUAUUGCAGAUGAGUUUCAGUUCUACAUGAAAUAUUUGAUGUUUUGUUUGAAACAGCACAGCAUUAAAAAACCAAUGUGUUAACUAAUAUUUUUCAUCUUUCAGUUUAGAAGGUUGUUAUUUGGUUUGCUGCAUCUGGUUUGAUGUUUGAUGAUCUGAAAAAUAUUUCACAGUGAGGGGAAAUACACAAAAUGCCUGUAGGAAGCAGAAAAUCAUUAUUGGUUUGACAGUGUUUGAUGCAGCUAAAAGAGGACUAUAAGACAUAAUAACCUCUUGCAAAUUUAUCUUUAAUACACAAAGCUGUAAUUGUGAAUUAACUGUUUCCCUAUUGAUUCUCUGAUGUAUCCAAGUCUAAAAAUGGGUAAGUUUCUCUUGUCUUCAGAAUACCAUUUAGAUUUUAUUUCUGAAUUUAAAAUAAAUAGUAAAUAUUUGUAAUGCUGGUCUUUAACCCACCUAAAUUUCUGUAGUGAAACCUGCUUUAUGUUGUUCUGAAACUUAAAGUUGACCUGUACACUAUAUUCAGUAAGCUCCUGAGUUUAAAACUGCUGUGAGCAUAGUGUAUGCCACAUUACAUAUUUUCUUUUUAGAUAGUUUUCUACCCCUGAAGUAUGAUGAGGUUUCACUAUAAUUGGGUAAAAUUGCUUCUGGACAUUAUUUUGAUGAUAAAAUUAGGAGUCUGUGGAUAUAUGCAGUGUUUAAAAAGAGAAGUGUAUCAUACCCAGAAUAUCUAUUGUCUUUAAAAUAAUUCACUCUUAUAUAAAAGGGAAAAUUUGUCUGAUUUGGGAAUAAAAUAUAAUUGGGUAUGCAACACUAUAGAGAUAAAUCUUAUUUUAGAAAUCUGCUGGCGUUAAUGCCCCACACUUGCCCUGAGUACUUUGAUUGGAAUUGGAAUAUGUCAAGAAAGAUGAUUAUUUUUAUCGUUGUUACGAUAUUAGCUCCCCCAAGAGGUCCAAUUUCUGUUUCUCUGAUGAAUAGUGUUCAAUAACAUGAAGCAUUUUUCAUCUACCCUUAAAUUUUUUUUUUAUCAUUUAUGUUUAAAAGUUUUAUACCUUGAACAAAUACAAUUACCUGCUUUAGUGAGAAGACAAUUUCUGAUUGAUCAUUGUCUCUUCAGGCCAUCUCAGCUGUCCACUCUCUGGUUACAUCUAAAGCAACUGAUAUACCAGGUUUAUACCUUGAAAGACAGACAUGGUGCCAUGAAAUUGGGGAAUUGGGUGAAUUCCCAUUCCGAUUACAGAGGAGCAUUCCCAAAAUGCUCUUUAAUUUUUGUUUUUUGUGGAAGUUUAUUUUCUGAGAAAAAGUUAUUUUCAUAUUUGUUUCGGGAAAAUUAACUCAUCAAGAAAGAAUCUUAUUAGGUUUUCAAACCCUAAAACUAUUUAAUAACAGAUUGACUGAUAUAUAACUUACUAGAGCACCAAAACUAACUUGCUCAAAUUUUUUGUUUAGUCCUGCAAGACCAGUCCUUAACACGCAGUCUGUUCUCCUGUGGCCAGGUCGGUAACUCCAGUUUGCUUUUUUUUUAGUCUCCUGGUAGCAACUGUUAAGUAAUUGUCGUUGGAGGUUGGGGAGGAGGUGAGGAGGAAGUGCUCUUGUUUAGUGUUUUGUUUCCUGUGAUAGGAUGCUGCCUAACUCAGUUCAUCUCCAUGUCCUGUUGACUUUAUUAUUAUUCCAGCUAAUUGAAAGAAAAUACAAUGGACGGGCACAAUUAAAACCAGCUAAAACUAUAUUCUUGUCGGUAAAGAUAUCUUGUCAAGACGUCUUGGAUUGCACUUUUGUUGAGGCAAGACAGUGUAAAUAGUUAAAGAAUGUUGAUAAAAUUGAAGCAUUUGGUUGUGGAAUGUGCGUGGUGUUAGAGGGUUUCUGUUUGUGAAAUGUAUGUAUUAAAAAUAAUAAAAUUUCAGAAACUAA